AAUACAGCAGUAUGGUAUAGAUAGAUGAAUAGAUAGAAACAUAGAUGGAUAAGAAUGAAAACCAUGCGCGUGGAAAAAAAAUAGAGAAGAAGAAAGGAACAAGGUAUGGUUGGUUCUGAAGAAACGUAUAAAAUGCUUCUACGAAGACAUAGAGUAACGUUAAUCAAUAAAAAUAGACAUCUUGUCGACUAAUCGGAAAUAAAUCUAUUUCUAAGUAGAGGGAGAUAAAAGUAAGUAGUUAAGAAGAAUGAAGUUUGAGUAAACGAUUUAUAUGAUCAUACUGUGAAAAAAGAUAAAAAACAAAAGAGUGAAGAAAAAAUAAAGAAAGAAGAGAGAUUAAAGAAGAAAAAAAGAAAGAAAUAGAACUAAUUAAAAUAGAACAUUUGAAGCGUAUAUAAUUUUGAAAGCGGACGAUUGGCCGGCCUGAAGGGAUUUGGCAGUUGCCCCAAGAUGGCGAACUCGGUUGGCGUGCGACGGGCACGAGCUGAAAAGUAUCGAGAACGCGAGAAAUUCGUGAUCCUGUGUUAAACCAGGAGUACCAAGGACAUUCGUGGAAAGAAGAAUAUUCAGUGAGAAGAAGGGAUCGCUCAGACACGAGAGGAAUAAAAUCGUACUUGUAAAAGGUACGAAAUGAGUUCAGUAAUUGUGCCCGUUUCUUAUUAUCCCUUUGGAAAAUUUUGGGAAAGCAAAUACGUGUGCCAGCCUAUGCCGCAUGAUUUAUUCCAGAGAACGUUUUCUCGUAUCUAAGGGAAAGAAAUAAUUGAAAAAGAAAAUCAGCGUUAGGAUUAAAACGAAUAAAAGAAGAAAUAAACGAGAAGUAGUUAUUUGAAUGAACUGGAAGUGAAAGACAAAUAAUAUAAUUUAUUUAUUAGUAGAUAAAAGAAUAAAGUUAAAAAAAAAAGAAAAUUAUCAAUAAUUACGGAAAAACCAAAGGAGACAUGGCCACGAUGGCUGGUAGUGAGUACACAUCCGUUAAGGAUUUCUACAGAGAUCGUUCAAUUUUUAUCACUGGCGGUACCGGUUUCAUGGGAAAAGUUCUUGUUGAGAAGCUGCUACGUUCGUGUCCGGGUAUUAAAAAUAUUUAUUUACUUAUGAGGCCAAAAAACGGACAAGAUGUACAGCAAAGGUUACAAGAACUUCUUGACGUACCGUUAUUUGAAAAGCUACGACGUAGUUUUCCUCGUGCUCUUUCAAAAAUCGUGCCUGUAGCAGGAGAUGUUACGGAACAAGAACUCGGCAUCUCGGAAGAGGAUAGACAGACACUGAUACAAUGUGUAUCGAUCGUCUUUCAUUCGGCCGCCACCGUAAAAUUCGACGAGGCCUUGAAACUUUCGGUCACUAUAAAUAUAUUAGGUACCCAACGUCUCAUUCAAUUGUGCCAUCGAAUGCACAAAUUGGAGGCUCUUAUUCAUGUAUCAACGGCAUACUGCAACUGCGAUCGGGAGGAUGUAGCUGAAGAAAUAUAUCCACUUGCGAAAGAUCCCGAACAAGUGAUUUCCUGGACCAAGUCAAUGGAUGACGAGAUGAUCGAUGAAUUAACACCGAAAUUGAUCGCUAAUCGACCAAAUACUUAUACUUUUACCAAAGCUUUAGCGGAAAAAAUGCUUCAAGGAGAAAGUGGUUCUCUACCUGUCGCAAUUGUUAGACCAUCGAUUGUAUUAUCAGCCUUAAAAGAACCAGUCGCUGGUUGGAUAGAAAAUUGGAAUGGUCCUACUGGGAUUAUUGCGGCAGCUGGUCAAGGCUUCUUUAGAACAAUGUUAUGUGAUGAGAAUAAAGUAGCUGAUUUAAUUCCAGUCGAUAUAGUGAUCAAUUUAAUGAUAUGUGCUGCGUGGAAAACUGCAACAGAUCGUACAGGCACUAUCACUAUUUACAAUUGUUGUUCUGGCCAACAGAAUCCUAUCACCUGGAAAGAAUUUGUUGAUUUAUCCUUUAAAUACAGUCGGAUGCAUCCAGUAAACAAUGCAUUUUGGUAUCCAGGUGGUCGUUGCCGUAGUUCCAAAUUUUUCAAUAAAGUGUGUAUAAUCUUCCAGCACAUGCUGCCUGCUCACACUUUAGAUUUUCUAGCUCGUCUGAAGGGCUCACGACCUAUAAUGGUUCAUAUACAGGGGAAACUUACCAAAGCCACUAAAUGCUUGGAAUACUUCAGUACGAAUCAAUGGAACUUUAGGGAUUCUAAUGUAAGGAGAUUAGGAGAACAACUGAGCUUAGAAGAUCGGCAGACAUUUAUGUUCGACGUCAAACAGAUUGAUUGGCCGUCGUACUUGGAACAUUAUAUAUUGGGAAUUAGACAAUUUAUUAUGAAACAGAACCCAAACACACUGCCAGUUGCCCGCUCACAUAUUAGAAAAUUAUAUUGGCUUCACAAAGCAGUACAGUUUGGAAUGCUGUUAACAGUACUACAUGUUCUGCUGUCAUAUAGAUCUACGGCCCGUUCUGCCUCUUAUUUAGUCUUGUCUAUCAUACUCCGUAUAUGCCGCAUGAUUGUUUGACGGCUCAGAACUCCGGCCAACGAAUGUGAUAAAUACAAUACAAAGCAGAAGCUAAUCAUGGAGCAUAAUUUAAAGGUGCGAAUUGUUCUUCGACCAUAUUACUUAGCCUCCCCGACGAUAAAGCGCUAUCUUUGCUCCCAUGAGUUGGCCUUUUCGACAUUUCUAUUUGUUCGUAAAUAUUAGUAAUGACUAGGAAUUAUUUAAUAAAGAGUGUCGGUUACCGAGCUAUGAAAGAACAAGGUACGA